CUUAUUUCCGGACUGUGCGUUCCACAUACAAGAAGUGAGUUUUCAUCGACUGCUGCAGCCUCUCAGUGUCAGUGUCCGUGGAGAUCAGGAACUCUAGCUGUGAGGAACGGAGUCUUUAUUACACAUCACACGUUCUGUAUUCUCUCUGAUUGACCGAGGAUGGACAAGGACAGUAGUCACAGGACUGAGAGGAUAAUAAAAAUCACCCUGGAGAUCAUCUACCUGCUUACUGGGGAGGAUUACACAGUAGUGAAGAAGACAUCCAGUGAGUGUGAGAUACUCAACAGCCAUCCCCGUGUGUCAGGAGGACUGAGUAGAACCCAGAGCCCAAUCACGGUGCCUCCACCUGACUCACUAAUACAUGAGAGACACAAUGACCAAAAGAUCCUGGAACUCACCAACAAGAUCAUUCAGCUGCUGACUGGAGAGGAGGUGGAGUGUAUAGAGGAACACAGGGGUCUGUACAAGGACGUGAUGAUGGAGAAUCACCGGCCCCACACAUCACUGGAUGGGCCCAGUAAUAGAGAUACCCCAGAGAGAUAUCCCCGUCCUCUGUAUUCCCAGGAUUGUACAGAGGAGAAUCACAGGAUCCCACAGGAGGAUCAGGGUGAAGCCCAAUUAAAUAAUAUUAAAAUCAAAGAUACAGAGGGAGAAGAAGAGACGUAUGUGACUGAUAUAAAGGCAGAAGAUAUAGAGGGAGAAGAAGAGACGUAUGUGACUGAUAUAGAGACAGAAGAUACUGAGGAAGAAGAAGAGACGUAUGUGACUGAUAUAAAGGCAGAAGAUAUAGAGGGAGAAGAAGAGACGUAUGUGACUGAUAUAGAGACAGAAGAUACUGAGGAAGAAGAAGAGACGUAUGUGACUGAUAUAAAGGCAGAAGAUAUAGAGGGAGAAGAAGAGACGUAUGUGACUGAUAUAAAGGCAGAAGAUAUAGAGGGAGAAGAAGAUACAUAUGUGAGGGGUGAUCAGCCGUCUAAGGAGAAGGAGAUCCCUACAGAUAUCAGCACAGCAGAUGGACACACAAGCAGGAACAUCUCAGAAGGACAUCUAAUGUUAUCCCCGGAUUGUGACAUAAAAGAUAAUGACAGUAGACAGGAUUCUCCAGGAGAUAAUCCCAUUACCCCAAUUAUACAUCCAGCUCUAUCAGCUGAUCCCUCUGAUCCUGGGAAAUGUUCUCCUGAUCACUCUGAUAUUGGUGCAUCUGUUACAGCUCUGACAGUAGAUACAGUGUUUCCUUGUUCUACAGAUGCCAAAUGUUUUACACAGAACACAAAGCUUAUUACCCAUCAGCCAGCUAAGGCAGGUGAGAAGCCAUUUCCAUGUUCUGAGUGUGGAAAAUGUUUUACAUACAAAUCACUUCUUGUAAUACAUAAGAGAAUACAUACAGGUGAGAAACCAUAUUCCUGUUCUGAAUGUGGGAAAUGUUUUACCCAGAAAUCACAACUUAUUACACAUCAGCGAAGUCACACAGGUGAGAGGCCAUUUCAAUGUCCUGAGUGUGGGAAAUGUUUUCCACAGAAAUCAGAUCUUGUUAGUCAUAACAGAAGUCACACAGGUGAGAAUCCAAUUUCUUGCUCUGAGUGUGGGAAAUGUUUUACAUGGAAAUCACAACUUGUUAUACAUCACAGAAGUCACACAGGUGAGAAGCCAUUUUCUUGCCCUGAGUGUGGGAAAUGUGUUGCCCGGAAAUCACAACUUGUUAGACAUCAGCGAAGUCACACAGGUGAGAAGCCAUUUCCAUGUUCAGAGUGUGAGAAAUGUUUUGCACUCAAAUCAGCUCUUGUUAUACAUCGCAGAAGUCACACAGGUGAGAAGCCAUUUUCUUGCUCUGAGUGUGGGAAUUAUUUUACAAUGAAAUCACAUCUUGUUAGACAUCAGCGAAGUCACACAGGUGAGAAGCCAUUUCAAUGUUCUGAGUGUGGGAAAGUUUUUGCACACAAAUCAGCUCUUUUUAUACAUCACAGACGUCACACAGGUGAGAAGCCAUUUCCAUGUUCUGAGUGUGGGAAAGGUUUUGCACACAAAUCAGUUCUUAUUAUACAUCAGAGAAGUCACACAGGUGAGAAGCCAUAUUGUUGCUCUGAGUGUGGGAAAUGUUUUACACAGAAAUCACAUCUUGUUAAACACCAGAGAAGUCACACAGGUGAGAAACCAUUUUAAUCUUCUGGAGUAUACUUAUCAUUGCUAUAUGUUGUUCUUCAAGGUUCUUCUCCUAUCUCCUAUGCUUUUUGCAAUAUACAUGCUCCCACAGGGUGAAAUAAUCAGGUGUCAUGCCCUCAUCUACCACUGCUAUGCAGAUGACCUGUCUUUUGCUCCAAGUACUGAGAACCCAGUACCAAUCCUAAAUGUCUAGCUGAGCUCCAGGUGUGGGUGAUGCAAGUUCGCUGUGACUCAGACCUGGUGAAUCGUCCUUAUGAUAGAAGCUCACCAACAAAGGGCAGGGCUACAGCUCAGCUUUGCAAACUAACCAGACUUGUGCUUGGAUGUUCAGAGUUACAAAAUGCUGAUCCUGUGUGGAAUCUUGGGGGGUAAUUCCAAGUUGAUCGCAGGAGGAAUUUAGUUAGCAAUUGGGCAAAACCAUGUGCA